CCCGCUGAGUGUUUCUUCACUGUGCUGAGUGUCAGAGACGAAGACUCGUCGACUCCUCCGUCAUGUCUCCAUCACUCACUGUUCUGCUCCUCGGCCUGCUGUGCUCCGCCGGCUCGCUGCCUCCUCCUCGAACCUCCUUCCUCCUCGACUCACCACACAGACCUCUGGCCGUCUUCAGACUCACUGACGUCCACAACACGACCACACUGUUGCUAAGCGACGAUGGGUCCACCCUGUAUGUAGGAGCAUGAGAUGCUCUACUCUCAUUGGACGUCAGUCAGAGUGAUGUCAUCAACUUGAAGAAGAAGGUGGAGUGGAGUCCAUCGGUGGAGGAACUGAAGGCCUGUGAAGUUAAAGUGAAGAACCCGGCGAUCGACUGUCCAAACUUUGUGCGGGUAUUGCAGCCAAUAAACUCGACCCAUCUCUACGCCUGCGGCAGCUACGCCUACAGCCCCCAUGAGGCCUUCAUCGACACAGAAAGCUUCUCCGUGCUCCAACAUGGUGGAGCUAAAGGUCGCUGUCCAUUCAGCCCCACGCAGAGGACCACCGCCAUCGUCAUCGACGGAGAGCUGUUCACUGCCACAACGACCAACUUCAGAGGAGACAAACCACAGAUUGCUCGACAUUUCAGCAAAGAUGGCCGCCCAGACAUCAGCCAGGACGUGUCUUUCAGCUUACUGGAGGAGCCAACGUUUGUCACCUCAGUGUUGGACCCAUCACAGGGGAAACUCUACUUCUUCUUCAGUGAAGUUGGGAAAGAGUUCAGCUUUGUAGACGAGCUGCAAAUUGCCAGGGUGGCUCAAGUCUGCAAGGAUGAUGUUGGUGGACAGAGAACUCUGCAGAAGAAGUGGACAUCCUUUGCCAAAGCCCCUUUGCUCUGUCAGUCUGCCAAACAGCUUCCCUUCAACGUUCUCCAGGACGUGUUCACCCUCCAGCCACCAGAGGGCAGCGAUGCUUCAGACACUCUGUUCUAUGGAGUCUUCACAUCUCAGUGGUCUUCAGCUCCAGGAUCUGCUGUGUGCGUCUUCAAGCUGCAGGACGUGAGGACAGUGUUCACUGAGAGCUACAGGACCUUCAACAUGGAGACACACCAGUGGAGUCCACUGCAGGGGAGACACUCCUACCUGGGAAAGUGUGGACUAGGCAACGCUUCAGACUCUGAACUGGCUGAGGUGAAGAAGAGCUUCCUGACCGGCAGCAGUGUAAAACCAGAUGGCGGAGGCCCCAUUGUUGUCUCUUCAGGGCAGCGAUUCAGUCAUGUGGCUGCAAUGAGGACCCAGGCUGCCAAUGGAAAACAGUAUACUGUCCUUUUUCUUCUUACAGAGUCCGGAUUCCUACACAAAGUGGUUUUGUUUGAUCAGGGUGCGCAGGUCAUCGAGGAGAUUCAGGUGUUCGCACAACCUGAGCUGGUCACAAGCAUCAUCCUCUCCUCCUCCAAGGGAGUACUUUACCUGGGGACAUCAGAGGGCGUGACCGUUGUACCUGUCGCCAGGUGCUCCAUCUACACCACCUGCAGCCAGUGUGUCCUGUCCAGAGAUCCUCUGUGUGGGUGGAGCCACAGCAGGAGGCUCUGCUCCCGUGUGGAUGGCAGUGAUGAGAACAUGGCACAAGACCUGGAGGAUGUCAACGUGGCGGAAGAAUGUCCUGGACAGACUGAGCGCCGUCUGCACACGGAACUGAAUUUUACUCUGAACGAAGCGGUGAGGCUUCAGUGUCUGAAACCUUCCAACCUGGCCACUCUGACCUGGACCUCCCCUCAGUUCAAAGACCUGCCAGAGAAUCUCUUCAUCCACUCGGCUGAUGGCAGUUUGAGGUUUCUCGCCACCGCUGACACCUUUGGGACCUACCUCUGCGAGGCAGAGGAAGGCAAGUACAAGGAAGUGGUAAAAAGUUAUGGUGUCCGACAGAGUGCUCCUCCAACCUCCAUGACCUCCGGGAAGGGCAAACAACACCAUGUGACCAACAUCAAAGACGAGUCCUACAAGGACAUCAUCACAGAGUCACCGACUUCUGUGGCACAACCUUCAGGAAACCCAGAGGGCGAGAUGGUGGAAUACAAUGGUGACGAAUUCACAACCAGUUUAAAAGACGAGACCAACUCAAAGCAAAAAGAUUCUGGAUCAAAAUUCAACUUUCAAGACAACAGUUUGGACUUCACAUCAACAUCCAGAGAAGACGUCCAGUUCAGGAAGGAGCUGCUUGACGACACUCAAAAGACACUGAACAAGAAGAGUUAUUACAACGAGUUUGUUGUUGUUUCCCUCCUGCUGGCAGCCUGCAUCUGCAUCCUGGUGGCUGGAGGGAUCUGCAUGUGGCGCCAAAGGAGAACUGGCCUCAAAACGAGUCCUCUGGUGAGUCCAGAAGACGGCAGCAAAACCAGUGAGUAUCUGGAGAGUGUUCCUUCUCUGAGCAACCCAGAGGAGCCUGAGCUGAAGGUGGUGAAGUAACGACGGCCUCGAGAGCUCGUAUCAUGACCCCAUGUGUCUCCGUGGUCCUUUAACGUCUCUCCGUGGGGGUUUUAUGUUUCUUUUCAGUUGUUUUAAGGUGCGCUCAUUUUGUGCAGAAUCCAUCACAAACACUUCGUGUUUCAGGUAAAAUGAGUGCUCACAUAGUUUCAGUUGUAAUCUGAUGGUCCGUUCAUUGAACAUGAAUGUGUCACAGUGACUUUUAGAUGCAGGUUGAGUGAAUCAGCUUUGUCUUUUAUGACUGAUUUUUCUGAGGGGAUGUGUUCAGAAUCAGAGAUUGUCCUGCAUUCUGUAUAUGUGCACAUUUUGUUGAGAUAUUUGUUUGUUAUGAACAGCUGUUGAUUUUUUUGUGUGAAUGAGUGAAUGUAAACAGGAUGAGCUGUGAAACCCGCUGUGAAUGUAACGAGGGCUGGGACCUUCAGGCAAGGAAUACGAACAUGUCAGAUCAAAACUACAUAAUGUGAACAUGCACACUGAUCGAGUGUUAUGUAUUUAUUGAUCGUCAUUUGUGUCCUGGCCUUCAAUGUAGUUUUAAUUCUGUGUGUGAUGUUUUGUUGCUGAUUGUCAGCGUUUGUACAGAUGAUUUGCCAAACUUUGUUUCAUUGCUGUUUUUGAAUAACUGCAGGGAUUAAAACUUUGGAGACAUUGUUUUGCUGUGAUACUAUGUUUACCUUUGAUAAUUCACUUUAAUCACAGAUAUAAGAAGUGUAGCUCCUCCUUCAAAACUCCUAAAACAAAAGUUUGUUUGUGAUGACAAACCAACAGCUUUAAGUGAGAGAAGACAUAGAGGAAAUAAAUGAUGAAAAACAACA